GGCAGCACACGUCCUGCGGAUGCUCCGUCAGCACCACCUAGUCAAUUUAUUACAGAACUCCAGAGCAUCUUACAGCGUGAGCUCGAAGUUAGUCAAUUUAUUACAGAACUCCAGAGCAUCUUACAGUGUGAGCUACGAGUUAAUUUCCAACCUGCAUGUCGACAAAAGCACACGGUCUCAGAGAUCAUGAAGCUACAGCUUCCUAAUCCGGACCUGGAAGACAGGAUAUUGUCCUAUGAGCAGCUGGACAGGCUUGAGGAGGAAGAGGCUGAAUCGCGACCAAAAUGGGACAACAAGGCCCAGUACAUGCUGACAUGUGUGGGGUUCUGUGUGGGACUCGGAAAUGUCUGGCGGUUCCCGUAUCUGUGUCAAAGUCAUGGAGGAGGUGCCUUCAUGAUACCCUUUCUGAUCCUACUGGUUCUUGAAGGAAUCCCACUUUUACAUCUUGAGUUUGCCAUUGGUCAGCGUAUAAGAAGAGGAGGCUUGGUAUUAUGGUCUACAAUUCAUCCUUAUUUGACCGGCAUUGGUGUUGCGUCCAUGUGCGUAUCUCUGACAAUCAGUCUCUACUACAACACCAUCCUUGCCUGGAUUAUGUGGUACUUCUUUAACUCCUUUCAAGAGCCUCUACCUUGGAGUCAUUGUCCCAUGAAUGCCAAUUUAACAGGAUAUACCUCAGAGUGUGCGAGGAGCUCCACUGUGGAUUACUUCUGGUACAGGGAGACCUUGAACACAACUCCAAGAAUUGAGGAGGACGGUGGGUUGCAGUGGUGGAUCUUGCUGUGCCAUAUUUGUGCAUGGUCUGUGCUCUAUCUCUGCAUCAUCCGUGGAAUUGAGACUACAGGGAAGGCUGUGUACGUGACAUCUACCCUUCCCUAUGUGGUGCUGACAAUCUUUCUCAUCAGAGGACUGACUCUGAAAGGCUCUUUGAAUGGAGUCAAGUUUCUCUUCACACCACAAAUAUCAGAGCUGGCAAACCCAAAAACAUGGCUUGAUGCAGGUGCUCAGGUUUUCUAUUCCUUCUCUCUGGCUUUUGGUGGUCUUAUUUCCUUCUCCAGCUAUAACUCUGUGCAUAACAACUGUGAACAGGACGCAGUGAUCAUCUCCAUCAUCAAUGGUUUCACCUCCGUCUUCUCUGCAACAGUCAUUUACACCAUCAUCGGGUUUAGAGCAACAGAGAAAUUCGACAACUGUCUUUCUGGGAACAUCCUGACAUUAAUUAACACGUUUGAUUUGGCUGAGGGCAAUGUCACUGAAAGCAACUACAAAGAUACUGUUAUACAUUUUAAUCAAACACACCCAGAGGUUAUUCAAGGUCUGGAUCUGGAAAACUGCGACUUGAAUACUUUUCUCAGUGAGGGAGUUGAAGGAACAGGUUUAGCCUUCAUUGUGUUCACUGAGGCCAUAACAAAGAUGCCCAUCUCACCACUGUGGUCCGUGCUCUUCUUCAUAAUGCUCUUCUGCCUUGGCCUGUCUUCUAUGUUUGGUAACAUUGAAGGCGUUAUAGUGCCACUGCAGGACCUCAAAAUCUUCCCCAAGUCGUGGCCAAAAGAGGCCGUCACUGGUGUGACAUGCAUACUGUGCUGUCUAGUGGGUCUGCUAUUUGUUCAAGGCUCAGGGAACUACUGGCUUUCACUCUUUGACACCUAUGGAGGAUCCAUCCCUUUACUAGUUGUUGCUUUCUGUGAAAUGUUCUCAGUGGUAUACAUAUAUGGAAUAGACAGGUUCAAUGACGACAUCAAAUUCAUGAUUGGACACAAACCCAACUUCUUCUGGCAGGCUUCAUGGAGAGUCAUCAGCCCAUUCAUUAUGCUUUUUAUCUUAGUCUUUUACUUCAUCACUGAAAUUUCUGAACAGCUCCUUUACAAAGUCUGGGAUCCUGAAUCAGAAAACUUCCCAACUCUUGAGGACAAGCAAUAUCCAGCCUGGGUCUAUGUGGUCAUUGUUGUAUUGGCAGGAGUCCCCAGCCUUGCUAUACCUGUUAUUGCACUCGGGAAAUGUCUAUGGUCAAGGAAAAGUGAAAAAGUAAGACUGAACAUAGGAGCUCAGCUUCACAACUGA